GAGAAAGAAGACGUGCAAGAAGCGUGUGAUGUUUUGCUUGUCAACGAGUGUGGGCCUUUUGAGGGUGUGCGUGUGUGAGUGUGAGGUUGUACGUGCCUGUGCCAGUGAAAGAGUGUGAGUGUGAGUGUGAGUGUGUGAGUGAGAGUGAGUGAGAGCGAGUGAGUGAGAGUGAGUGUGAGUGUGUGAGAGUGUCGCGGCGCUAACCAGUGUUUCUCUCCCCCAGGAUGGGCCGGCGAGGCGGCGCCAGGGUCUCCUUACGGUGAGUGUCGCCCAGAGCCGCCAUGGCACCAGCGGCUCACCCUGUGGCUGUCCGGGCCGUCCGCCUCUACCUGCUGCUGAGCGGACUGCACCUCGUCCUCGGCGGCUCGCUGCUGCCGGAGGCGAGCGGGGGCCUCCGUCCCCCGCAGGAGAACUCUGAGGCGCUGUCAUGGGACCAGAACGCCGGCUCGGUAGCCCUCAACGUGACGCGGGCAGUGGUGGCGCAGUUCACGCCGGCCAACACCAGCCACCGCCUCACCCACCUGGCCCUCGACCCCGACACGGAUGACGUAUACCUGGGCGCCGUGAACCGCUUGUAUCAGCUGGACGGCGGCUCCUUCCUGCCCGUGCACCAGGUGGUGACGGGGCCGCGCCUCGAUUCCCCGGAGUGCCACGCCGCCAGCUGCGAUGACCGCAUCUACCAGGUGCCCACUGACAACUACAACAAGCUGCUAGUCGUGGCGCCCUCCGUCAGUGCCGUCAUCGCCUGCGGCUCGGUGUCGCAGGGCGCGUGCGACACGUACCGCCUGGGCAACCUGUCGGUGCACGAGGACUACAUCCCGCGGUCAGUCGCCGCCAACCACCCUGACGCCUCCACCUUUGCCUUCGUGGGCCCCGAGCGCUACAGUCCCUGGGGGAGGUCCUCCGCUCUGUACGUGGGCACCACCUUCACCACGGUGGGCGACUACCGCCACGACGUGCCCGCCAUCUCCACUAGGAACCUUUACGACCUCGACUACGCGGAAUAUUCCUUCUCCAAGCAGUCCCUGCUGCGCAUCGACGUCAAGGUGCGGGACCACUUCCUGGUGCAGUACGUGUACGGCUUCACGGACAACAACUACGUGUACUUCGUGACGGUGCAGAAGAAGUCACACCUGCCGGGACAGGAGGAGUUGGGCUACAUCAGCCGCAUCUCUCGUUCCUGUAUCACCGACGCCAACUAUGACUCGUACACGGAGAUCACUCUGGAGUGUGUGGGCGGCGACGGCGUCAAUUACAACCUGGUGCAGGACGCCAAGCUGGUGGUGGCCGGCAGCGACCUGGCUGCCAGCAUGGGCGUGGCAGAGGGGGGCCACGUGUUAGUGGCGGCCUUCGCGCCCUCGCAGGGCCACACGGCCAGUCCCGAGACUGCCUCCGCCAUCUGCGUGUACUCCGUCCACGACAUCGAGGCGAAGUUUAACGAGAACAUCCACAUGUGCUUCAACGGGUCCAUGCAAUACCGCGGCAUGGAGUACAUCUCGGGCACCAUCCUCAACGGCAAGUGUCCCCAGCAGGGCGCCAUGGGCAACAUUCUCUCCUUCUGCGAGGUGGGCCUCAAGAUAUCCGGCCCUGCGCCCAUGGUUGGCCGCGCGGCGCUGCGGCUGCCGCGGGUGUUGGUGACGGGUGUGCAGGGCACCGCCACCGCCGCCCACACCGUGGCCUUCCUCGGCACCAGCGUCGGCACCCUUAAGAAGAUCCUGGUGGCUACAGCAGAGGAGGCCGCCGAGUACGAGGAGGUGGGGGUCGAUCGGGGAUUCCCUCUCCUGCCUGAUAUGAGAUUCGACAAGCACCGGCGCUUCCUCUACGUGAUUUCAAGCAGCAAGGCGUUGAAGGUGAAGGUGGAAAGCUGCUCUUCCUACACCAACUGUUCCUCGUGCCUCACUGCCAGGGACCCUUACUGCGGCUGGUGCUCGCUGGAGAAACGGUGCACGGUGCAGUCGGCGUGUCAGAAGGCCACCUUCUCCUCGCCUCGCUGGCUCAGCUUCGGCUCGGGCCAGCAGUGUAUCGACUUCGAGAUGAUCCUGCCAGACCGCCUGCCCAUCACCCAGUCCGCCACGGUGCGCCUCACCAUCCGCACGCUGCCGGAGCUGCCUGCCGGCGCCAAGUACCAGUGUGUGUGGGGAUCGGCGCCUCCCGAGGACGGGCUGGUGACACCCUUGGGGCUGACGUGCGGCACGCCCGCCCCCCAGCACCGGCCGCCCAUCCCCGCCCACCAUGACCACGUGCUGGUUCCCCUCGCCGUCCGCUCCAGCGAGACCAACAAGGACUUCGUCUCCCGAAACUUUGCCUUCUAUGACUGCGGCCGCCACAACACCUGUGGCAGCUGCGUGCGGAGCAACUGGGCGUGCAACUGGUGCGUGUACGAGAACACCUGCACCCACAACGCCUCCUCCUGUAGCGGGAGGACCAUCAUCUCCGGGGAAAAGAACCCCGCGCAGCUGGACCAGCAUGGGGCCAGGUUUUGUCCACGGUUUUGGCCGGAACAAAAGCAGCUGCUGGCGGCAGACGGAGCUACGUCGGAGCUGGUGCUUCUGGUGGAAAACCUGCCUGUGCCCCGAGCCAGCCAGCUGGGCUUCCAGUGCGUAGUGAGCGUGGAGGGCGCCACCAUGAAGGUCGGCGCCAGAGUGAUCGUGAAUGACGAGGACCUCGAGGACGACGGCGGCGGGGGUGAUCCCACCACUGCCACUUCCACCCGCCCGCAGUACCACCGGCGACUGCAGCGCGUGGUGUGCGAGCCCACCGUGUACCGCUACGAGUCCGCGGAGGGCGAGUACGAGGCACGCGUCACGCUGGUGUGGAAUCGCGACCACGUGGUGGACGCGCGGCCACUCACGCUAUACAAGUGUGGCGUGCUGGGGGCACACCGCGGCCACCACGACUGUUCCCUGUGUGUCACGCGCCACCCGCGCUACCGCUGCGCCUGGUGCGGCGCCGCCUGCCGCUACGCCCCGCACUGCCCCGUGGCCGCAGCCUCCUCCUCCCCUUCCCAGCCACGCCCGCCCCUGGAGGACGCCCGCCUCAGCCAGUGCCCCACGCCCAGGAUUGACUUGAUCCAGCCGCUGGCGGGCCCCCUGGAGGGCGGCACGCUGGUCACCAUCGAGGGUAGCAACCUGGGCCUGCGGGAGGAGGACGUGCAGGACAACAUUUUCAUCGGCGAGGUGCCCUGCAAGGUGCAUGAGUACCACGUGUCCGUCAAGAUCACGUGCCGCACGGGCCCGGCGCCCGCCCUCACCUCCGCAAGCCAGGACAUGCAGUUCCCGGUGCGCGUCACCACUCCGGCAGGCACCACGCGCUCCACCGUCAAGUUCACCUACACCAACGUGAGCGUGACGGGCGUGUGGCCGACACGCGGACCAGUGUCUGGCGGCACGGUGCUCUCCAUCAGCGGCCGCUUCCUCAAUGUGGGCUCCCACGUGUCGGCGGAGCUGGACCACCUGCCGUGUGUCGUCAACAAGACGCAGUCGUCAUCGCACCGCCUGGUGUGCGUCACCUCGCGGGCAUCGGGACUUGCUGAAAGCGACAAGGAGGGCGAAGGGCUGCCGGCUACAGUGAAGACGCUGACUGUAACAGUAGACGGGGCGCGUCGCACCCUUGCCUCGCCCUUCGUCUACACACCUGAUCCUAAAAUCCUGGAGCUGAAGCCUCGUCACACGCCCUGGAGCGGCGGCCGCCUCCUGACAGUGCACGGCACGCAGCUGGACGCCAUCCAGUCGCCGCGCAUCACCGUCCUGCUGCACGACCACGUCCUCAACUCGUCCAUGUGUCGCGUGUUGAGCCACGACCAGAUGGAGUGUCCCUCGCCGUGUGUCAACCGCGCCGUGCUGCUCGCCAUGCUGCGGGAGCGGCGCGGCGCUCCGGAGACCGUGCCCGAGCCCCGCGCUGCGGCCAGGACGUCACAUAAGGUGUCCAGGUCUCCGCGGCAGAAUUUCGGCAACUCCAUCACGCUGGACGUCGGCUUCAUCAUGGACAACGUGGCCUCCGUCAGGAACUUGCGUCACGUGCUCUCCUCGGGGGCUCGCUCGCUGGUGUAUGUGCUAGACCCAGAGUACCGCAGCUUCCCCAACGGCAUCAAGCUGUACAAGGGCGACACGCUGGUCAUUGAGGGCGAGAACCUGAACCUGGCCAGUGAUGACUCGGACGUGAACGUAACUAUCGGCACCAAGCAGUGCAACGUCACCUCACUGGCUCUCACGCAGCUGGUGUGCACGCCGCCCGAGCUGCAGCCGCCGCCCACGGAUGAGCUGGGGCGAUCCACCGUGCUGGACCUGCCCCUGGUGGUGGUGAGGAUGGGGCAGAACCUCAGAUUCCCCAUCGGGUACCUCCGCUACGAGAUGAUCAAGGAGUACCAGUUCCCCCCCGAGGCCAUAGGAGGCAUGGCAGCGGGCGGCCUGUUCCUGGUGCUGGUGUCCAUGGUGGUGCUGGUCGUGUACAGAAGGAAGAGCAACCAGGCGGAGCGAGAGUACAAGCGCAUACAGAUACAAAUGGACACGCUUGAGUCUAAUGUCCGCUCUGAGUGCAAGCAAGCCUUCGCGGAGCUACAGACGGACAUGACGGACCUGACGGCGGACCUGGAGGCCUCGGGAAUCCCCACCCUGGACCACCGCACCUACGUGAUGAAGGUGUUUUUCCCCGGCGUGGCAGAUCAUCCCAUCCUGCACGACCCCAAGAUGCGAACCAACGGGUGUCGGCCAGCCAUGGAGAGUGCCACGGUGCAGUUCGAACAGCUCAUCGCCAACCGCUACUUCCUGCUGGCACUUAUAGAGACCCUGGAGGCGCAGAAGACCUUCAACAUCAGAGACAAGUGAGUGAACGUGGCGUCGCUGCUGGUAGUGGCCAUGGCGGGGAAAAUGGAGUACCUGACGGAGGUGCUGCGCCUGUUGCUGCUCCGCCUGGUGGAGAAGAGCGUGGCAACCAAGCACCCCCAGCUCAUGCUCCGCCGCACCGAGAGCGUCGUGGAGAAGAUGCUCACUAACUGGAUGGCGCUGUGCAUGUAUAACUACCUGAAGGACAACGCUGGGCCGUCCCUGUUCCUGCUGUUCAAGGCCAUCAAGCACCAGGUGGAGAAGGGCCCCGUGGACGCUGUGACCCACGAUGCGCGCUACUCCCUGUCCGAGGAGCGCCUUCUCCGGGAGCAAAUCACACACUCCUACGUGACGAUACAACUUGUGAGAGACGAAACCCACUAUGAGAAGAUUCCAUAUAACACUCCAAAGUCGGUGGCGGUGGUCGGGGAAGACGGGGAGAAGGCGCAGUGUCGGGUGCUGGACUGCGACACUAUAACUCAAGUGAAGGCCAAGAUCCUGGACGCCUUGUAUCGCAACACCCCGCACUCCCUCCGGCCCUCCGUCCACCAGGUCGACCUAGAGUGGCGUCACGGUCGCAACGGUCACCUAGUUCUCGCCGACGAGGACAUGACCACCAAGAGCGACUCAGGCGGGUGGCGGCGCCUCAAUACGCUAGCCCACUACGGCGUGCGGGACUCGGCGCUUAUGGCCCUCGUGCACCGCCCCCACGCCCACCUCAACAACGCAAACUGCGGCACCGGGACGUCAAAGUGUGCCACAUGCUCCACCUUCGGCGUGAGUGGGUCGGGCAGCCCCGUGAGUCACUGCGGUGGCGGGGACGUGGAGUGCGGGUCGUCUGACGCCAACGUGUACCAUCUGGUGAAGCCCGUGGACCACGACUCCCCCAACAGAGGCGGCGAGAGGACGCACAAGGCCAUCCCUGAGAUCUUCCUCACCCGCCUGCUCUCCACCAAAGGCACCGUCCAGAAGUUUGUUGACGAUUUCUUCAAGACGAUCCUCAACGCCAACGAGUCGCUGCCACCGGCCGUCAAGUGGCUCUUUGAUCUGUUCGACGAGUCCUCGCGGCGCCACGGACUCACAGACCCCGAGGUGGUGCUCGCCUGGAAGUCCAACAGUCUGCCACUGCGCUUCUGGGUCAACUUCAUCAAGAACCCUGACUUCAUCCUCGACGUCCACAAAAGUCCCACGGUGGACUCCUGCCUGUCCGUCAUCGCCCAGACGUUCAUGGACGCGUGCUCCACCACCGAGCACCGCCUAGGUAAGGACUCACCCUCCAACAAGCUGCUCUUCGCCAAGGACAUUACGCAGUACAAGGCGUCCGUGCGGGCCUUCUACCAGGGCGUGAGGACACUGCCUCCAGUCACGGACCAGGACAUGGCUGCCUACCUGCACCAUCUGAGCCUGACGCACCUGUCUGAGCUGGACUCCAAGCCAGCGGUGCAGGAGCUGUUCCACACGUACAUCACGCGCUACUACAGCCACAUCAUGGAGACCCUCGAGAUGGACCCCAACUGCCGGACGCUCCACCUCGCCCACAAACUGGACAAUGUCAUGUGUACCAUUAACGGGGAACCCACGUCCAUGUGCUGAGGCAGCCGCGCCCUGGCUCAUCCCGCGCCGCACCCGUCUGAGGCCUUGUGUAAAGACUUAUAAGAAAAGACUUUCACCGCUGUUAUCUUACAUGCCUAGUUCCUAGCCAAAGAGUAGGUGUACGACGAUUAAUAGACAGUUAUUGUGUGUGUAUUUUUGGGGUUCGUUGUUAUUGUAAAGACAGACAGAAACUCGUCACAACGCUAAUCUAUUCCUUCCAGUAGUCACGAGGGCCCGUCGCCCCCUCCCCCGCUGUACUUAAUCAAAUAUCUGUGAUUUUCUAAGACUAGCGCAUUCCAGUGGGCGGCGGGAGGGGGGACGCUGCGGGCCGACUCUACUAUUUGAGGGACGAGUUCGUUGCUGUCUGGUGCCUAUUGGUGUUGUGGGGGACGAGUGUAGAAUCACAAGUCAAGUGGUGAUAAAUAGCGUGUGGUGAGCGUCUCGGGAGAACGUUAAGGGGGUGAGGGGAUGACAAGACUGCCUUCACGCGGAUCAGACUCAUCACAUCACACUCAUCACGACACGUAGCGGAGAGUAAUCGCAUCACACACACACACACACACACACACACACACACACACACACACACACACACACACACACACACACUCUCACACUCAUCCCAUCACGAACACAUUACUGCUUUCUGCGGUAAUUCAUAAUACAGAGGCGGAAUCAAUAAAGGCAAGGCGGACAGAAGCGCAGACGAGAAGGAUUGUGGUGAAAAGAGUGACAGAAAACGAAAAAUGUGAACUUCUAUUUAUUUUCUUUCUUUCUCUCUCUCACGAGCGAAGGAAAGUGUUCUCUGUGGUAGUAGUGUCUUUUUUUAGCGUUUUUUAUCUCCUGUCUCUUAUUCACGUCAGUGUUCUGUGGGCGAAAUUCCAUUAAGAAAAUUGAAAAAAGUAUACAGGAGGAGAGAUUGAACACACUUAUAACCAAGAUUGGAAUAAGUAGAAAUGUAUGAAAAAAAAUGUACAGUGACGUGAAAGGUUAGAAAGAACAGAAUUAGUGAAUAUAAUAGCAACUGUGAGGCAGAAAAUAGUAAAGUUAUAUGUGGAAAGGAUAUUUGAGAGGCAGUAGUGAAUCAAACAAGAGAACGAAAUGCAUAAAAUAAAACAGACAAAAUAACAAAAUAAAAAUCAAACACUUGCGGAAAAAAAUGAAAAAAAAAGAAAUGAGAAAAAUGCAGGAAACAAAUAUAGACAAGUGAACAUCGGGAAAACAAUUGGACAAAAUACAUCUUGAGAAAAAAUAUGAGCUAGAGAAAAAUAAUUACAUACAAAAGACUAACACAGAAAAGUAAAGAAAAUACGAAGUGAUAAUUAGUUUCCAACUUCAACAAGUCUUAGAAAAAGGUGAAACUACAAAAAGAAAAAAAAACAAGAGAAAAAUGAACUAAAAACAAUAAAAGAAAACGAAAAAGAAGACGGAAGAAAAUACAUCACAGUGCAACGACUUGAAAAAAAAAAAAAACAUCAGAAGAGAACAGAGAAAAAGAUGAAAGAAUUGAAAAAAAAGACAACGAAAAGAAAAGAUGAAAAAAAAAAGAAGAAAAAUACAAAAUGACACUGAUACAGAGUUCUCGCCCCAAACACUUGAUGAUCCACGCGUCCUUCAGAGGUAACACAGGUGCUCACCGAAACCGUCUAUGUGCUUGACAAGAAACCAACAGUCCCGAGAGGAAGAAACUCAUGUGCACUCCAAAAACAAAAAAACAAAAAAAUAAUAAAAAAAUAAUAAAAAAAAUGAAUAAUUACGUUGAUAUGAGAAAUGAAACCACGUGCUACGGUGUGUUCGUGUGCGUAUGUGCGUGUGCGUGUACGUGUGUGUGUAUGUGCACCAGAAGAGGGUUGAGUGACUCCCUCCGGACCUUCUUUUCUGCCAUCCAGCCUUGGCGUCCCGAAGAAAGGUUCAAAAGGCUGGUUCGUUCACGGUGAAGCUUCGUGACUCAGUUCGAAACGCGCUGUCGACUCAAUAUUUCUCUUUGCUCUUGUGUAUUUAUUUUUGGUGUUUUUUUUAUUUUUAUUUAUUUAUUGUUUGUUAUUCUUGUUCUUAUGACUCGUAUUUUUUGACAAUGUGACGUGGCUGGUUCAUUUAUCCGAUAGUUCUUUAUUCUUCAUGUUCUUGUUCUACUACUACUACUACUACUACUACUACUACUACUACUACUACUAUGUAUGUAAAAACGGUUCUGGCUAAAGGCAAACCCAAAAACGCCAAUAAAUAAACAAUAAACCCUUUCUCAAGAUGCCAGUCCCAAAAGAGAGGUAACAAAAAUUCUGAAAAUCCUCCUCCUCCUCCUCCUACUACUACUACUACUACUACUACUACUACUACCACCAUCACCACCACCAUCACCACCACCACCACCGGUACUAGUUCGUUUUGUUCAACUUAUUCUUCUUUUGUUACAUUUCUUGGUAUCUCCUUUCUCUCUAAGUAUAUAUUUCUUUUCUUUAUUUCUUUUAAUUCCGAUUUCUCUCUUUUUGUGUGUGUGGUUUGGAUUCCGGGAAGGCGAAUGUGAUUUGUAUGCUCUUUCAAUAACUUACUUUUUCUUUCCUUUUCAAGUUCAAAUCCGUGGUUCUUAUUCAUUAGUCCCCCUUGCACGUCUCUCUCUCUCUCUCUCUCUCUCUCUCUCUCUCUCUCUCUCUCUCUCUCUCUCUCUCUCUCUCUCUCUCUCUCUCUCUCUCUCAAUCUUUCACGGCUAUGUGGUAAGGUCACUGGUGGAUAAUUAAUGCCAUUCCACGUCUCCUACACCACCGUGACAUCUCCCAACACUCCACCCCUCACCUCCACUCUCACCAACUCAUCUUCCCCCCACCUAUUCUUUCUCUUUAUCAGUAAUCUUCCCUCACUCCUCCCCACUGUUAUCAAUACCCCCUUUAUUCCUUCUCUACCCCUUCUUCGUUUUAUCUCUAAUGCAUCUUUCCUCUUCCUCCUCCACCUCCUCCUUCUCUUCAUGUUUACCGUUUUCGUUAUUCCAAAUUCUUCACUCUUACCUUCUUCACUUCAUUAUCUCCUUCACUCUUUCUCUCCCUUUCAUUUAUCCUUGUAUCCUAUAAGUCUUCCUCCACAUGCACACUCCACCUCCCUCCCUCCUCCUUUCCUCCACAAGAAAUCCUCACUAUCUUCCAUCCUUUCAGUUUUCCUCCACUCCACCACGUCCUCUCACUCCUCCUCUUCCUCCUCCCCUUUCCUCCACUCCCCUCUCUCACCUCCACUUGAUUCAUUUCAACUCUUCCAUCCCUUCAGUUCUCCACCACUCCUCUUUUUCCACCUCCACCUCGUCCUUCCAUGCCUUCUCUUCCUCCUUCCCUUUCCUAUACUCCCUUCUCCCACCUCCUCCACUUGACUCAUUUCAACUCUUUCUGUCCCCUCCUUCCUCUUUCUUCCUCUCUCUGCCCUCCUCUCCUCCCUGGCGUUCUUUCACCCUUCCCUCUCUGGUCGGAAAUAAUGGCACAAAGGACUUCAAGUUUUAAUAAAGUUUUCCCCGAAUUUUAUUGCAAUUUCUAAAUUUAUUUCGUCGAUAAAAUUCAAGUCUGAUUUUUAGAGCCGAAGUUCCCUUUCUUAUUUCUACUUCCUUUGAUGAAAAAAAUACAGACUCGGGGAAUUACACUUUUGUGAAUUCCUUUUCUUCUUCUUCUUCUUCCUCUUCUUCAAUGUCUUUAGUGUUUUAAUACAUUUUUCGUCUGUCCUUUCUGAUUAUAAAGUGUAUCUCAUCACAAAUUCAUAGAUACUGUAUUUGUGUAUUAAGAUUUCUCGGUUUUUUUUUCCUCAAAUUUUAGUGGUUAAAAUCUUUUAAUAUAUUUUCUAGCUUUCCUUGGUGAUCAUAAGGCCUGUUAAGUCACGCAUACAUAUAAACGUACAUUGCACCAUUAAAGUCACCAUUUCAAUCUAUACAUCAUAAACACAUUCGUCAAAAUUACAUCACUUAGCUUAUUCCACCAUUCAUAAACACACACACACACACACACAUACAUACAAAGAGAUCACGUAAGUCUGUCCCAUCAUAAGUACACACUACAUACAUAUACCCCACUUGAGUCUGUUCCACCAUAAGUAAUUUACAUACACACAUACAUACGUCGCUUCGGUCUAUCCCAACAUACAUACAUACACAUACGAAACUAAAAGAAAAACGGCCUUUCUUAAAAACUGCAAAACCUCAUCUUUCCACCUUGCCUCCCGUGGUCAGACUGAAUGGACAGCCACGUCACUACGCCAUUAUAUUUACGUUCACUUCCCUCCACUAGACAAGGAAAAUAAUGUCUUGUCUUCUUCCUCCUCCUCCUCCUCCUCCUCCUCCUCCUCCUCCUCCUCAGACCGAACGUACCCAGUGGUCCAUGUUUCAUCUCUCUCGUUUUCUUAUUUUUUUUAUUUUCUCUCCCUCUAAGGUAAGUUAUGAAAAUAAUAAAAAUGAAAUACGCCAUACCAGUGAUCACUUAAUUUAUAAUAAUGAUAAUGGUAAUAAUAAUAAUAAUUAUAAUAAUAAUAAUAAUAAUAAUAAUAAUAAAUGAUGAGUUACUCGCUAGGAAGUGUACUAAAAGAAAAUUAUUAAAAAAUAAAUAAAUAAAACUGUCUGUGCUCUAAGAAAACGGGGCGUAACGUAGUACAUUUUCUUUGACCAUUUUUUGUACCUUGAAACAAAAAACGGAAUAAAUAAUAAAUAAUAAUAACGAUAGUAAUAAUAAAAAUAAUUAAUAAUAAAUAUAAACAAAAAAGAAAAUGUACAGCACACGCCUUAUCACUUUUUGCUACUUUUGUUUAUAUAUAUAUUUUUUUUUGUUUGUUUUUUUCUUUAUUUCGUUUUUUUUUUUUUUUGUCGACGUUCCAACCCCUCCUCUCCCUGAUUUCUCGCUUGCCUCCUGAAGGAUCUAGGGGGAGGGGAGGGCAAGGAGCGUCAUUCUCUUUCGGAUAAUCAAAUGCCAGUGUAUAUUGUGUGUAUUUUUAUAUAUAUAAAUAGCGCUUGUACAUACCUGCUACAUUCUAAGCUAAUAUUAUGCAAGAAUGAAUAAUAUGUCUACGA